CCAAGUUGUGUCAUGGCGGCACCCAGGCCUCGAGCCGGUGAGCGGAACCGAGAUGUUGAGUUUUCUGUCCGCUCGACAGACGGGUUUGGAGGACCCUCUUCGUUUGCGGAGAGCGCAGUCCACACGGAGGGUCCUGGGACUGGAGUUAAACAAAGACAGAGAUGUUGAAAGAAUCCAUUGCAGUGGAGUUAACACUCUUGACAUUGAGCCUGUUGAAGGAAGAUACAUGUUAUCGGGUGGUUCAGAUGGUGUGAUUGUACUCUAUGACCUUGAGAACGCCAGCAGACAACCCUAUUACACAUGUAAAGCAGUGUGUUCCGUUGGCAGAAGCCAUCCUGAUGUUCACAAAUACAGCGUAGAGACUGUUCAGUGGUACCCUCAUGACACAGGCAUGUUCACUUCCAGCUCAUUCGAUAAAACUCUGAAAGUGUGGGAUACAAAUACAUUGCAGGUUGCAGAUGUGUUUAACUUUGAGGAAACGGUUUAUAGCCAUCACAUGUCUCCAGCAGCCACCAAGCACUGUCUGGUAGCAGUUGGUACUAGAGGACCCAAGGUACAACUUUGUGACUUAAAGUCUGGAUCCUGUUCUCACAUUCUACAAGGUCACAGACAAGAAAUAUUGGCAGUUUCCUGGUCACCACGCUACGACUAUAUCUUGGCAACAGCCAGUGCUGACAGUAGAGUGAAAUUAUGGGAUGUGAGAAGAGCAUCAGGAUGUUUGCUCACUCUAGAUCAGCAUAAUGGGAAGAAGUCACAAGCUGUUGAAUCAGCAAACACUGCUCACAAUGGGAAAGUUAAUGGCUUAUGUUUUACAAGUGAUGGACUUCACCUGCUCAGUGUUGGCACAGACAACCGAAUGAGGCUCUGGAAUAGCUCCAGUGGGGAGAACACACUGGUGAACUAUGGGAAGGUCUGUAUUGACAGCAGGAAAGGACUAAAGUUCACUGUCUCCUGGGGCUGCAGCUCAGAGUUUGUUUUUGUUCCAUAUGGCAGCACCAUUGCUGUCUAUGCCGUUCACUCAGGAGAGCAGCUGACUGUGCUUAGGGGACAUUAUAAGAGUGUCGACUGCUGUGUGUUCCAGCCUCAUUUCCAGGAACUGUACAGUGGUAGCAGGGAUUGCAAUAUUCUUGCUUGGGUACCAUCUUUAUAUGAACCAAUACCUGACGACGAUGAUGAAGCUACGACUAAAUCCCAGUUGAAUCCAGCGUUUGUGGAUGCAUGGAGCAGCAGUGACGAAGAAGGGUGAUUUAGCCAGCCUUUACUCCUUGUCCGUCGGACCUCUACAUCAGCAGCGUUCGUGCAGGCUUCGGCUUGGGGCUCUUCUUUUACCUUUGUUUCUGAGACAAGGUCUCACUGUGUAGCCUUGGCUAGUCUGAAGCUAGGCUGGAAUUCUGUGUGUAGACCAGAAUAGGCCCAAACUUGCAGCCAUUCCUCUGCCUCUGCUUCCCACGUGCUGGGAUUACAGGUGUGUACCACAUUGCCAUGGGUGUGUGUGUGUGUGUGUGUAAUUUUUUUUUUUUAACUCUUUAGUCAGUUUCUGAAUUUGGGAUGUUUACCUCUGUGUUUUAAAAUGAGGUUAACAUGUAUAAAACGCUGAAAUAAACUUCUCUGUGGUUUAAUUA